AUGAGGACUGAAGUCGGUGAAGACUAUACCGGUGCAACUGUUAUUGAACCCCUUAAAGGCUUCUACAACCGUCCCAUUGCAACGUUAGAUUUUGCUUCGCUGUAUCCGUCGAUCAUGAUCGCAUACAAUUUGUGCUACACGUCGCUGAUUUUGAGCGAAGACGUUAGAAGUUCGUUAAAGCCCAAUGAGUAUAUAAAAACUCCUUCUGGCCAUUAUUUCGUAAAGAAGGAGGUCAGGCGAGGGCUGCUCCCAGAUAUCCUGGAAGAUCUUCUGAACGCGCGAAAGCGUGCCAAAGCUGAUUUGAAAAAGGAAACUGACCCGUUUGUCCGUCAGGUUCUCGACGGUCGUCAGCUGGCGCUAAAAAUCAGUGCAAACUCUGUGUACGGUUUCACGGGUGCACAAGUUGGUAAACUGCCAUGUCUGGAAAUUUCUCAGAGCGUUACCGCCUUCGGUCGUUUGAUGAUUGAUCGGACCAAGAGCGAAGUCGAAGCUAAGUUUACCGAAGCGAACGGUUAUCCUGCAGACGCAAAAGUAAUAUAUGGCGAUACGGAUUCAGUUAUGGUAAGCUUCGGCGUCGAUUCGGUCGCAGAUGCGAUGGCUUUAGGUCGUGAAGGUGCAGAAUAUGUUUCUUCCCGAUUCCCUCCUCCGAUCAAGUUAGAAUUUGAGAAAGUAUAUUAUCCAUAUUUAUUAAUUAGCAAAAAGCGGUAUGCCGGCAUUUACUACACGAAACCAGAAAUUUAUGACAAGAUGGACUGCAAGGGCAUUGAAACCGUCAGGAGAGACAACUGUCCGCUGGUUGCAAAAGUAUUAAGCACGUGCUUGCAGAAGCUUUUGAUUGACAGAAACCCUGAUGCAGCACUAGAAUAUGCGAAACAGGUCAUAUCAGAUCUGUUGUGCAACCGUGUUGACAUAAGUCAACUGAUCAUAUCGAAAGAACUUACCAAAACAGACAAGGAGUACUCUGCAAAACAAGCACACGUUGAACUUGCCAUGCGGAUGAAAAAAAGAGACCCUGGCUCUGCUCCACACUUAGGCGACCGAGUGCCUUAUGUCAUUAUCGCUGCAGGUCGCGGCACUGCGGCGUACAUGAAAGCAGAGGACCCCCUGUACGUGUUGGAAAACAGUAUUCCAAUUGACACCCAGUACUAUUUGUCUAACCAGUUGGCAAAGCCUUUGGAACGGAUCUUUGAGCCAAUUCUAGGAGAGAAAACUGAAUCGCUGCUUCUUAGAGGCGAUCACACGCGAACUAAAACUGUCGUGCACAGCAAAACUGGUGGACUCAUGGCUUUUGUAACCAAAAGAAAUACAUGCCUCUCUUGCAAAUCUCUAAUUCCUUACAAGGCGGCCAUAUGCAAAUACUGCAAUGCUGAAAUUGAACCAUCUAGAGGAAAAGUUUGGACGCUUGUGGACGCAGUGCCAACGCUGUCAAGGAAGUCUACACGAAGAAGUACUCUGUACUAA